UUUGCAGCAGACCUGCAGCUCUGUAUUUCCAGUCAUGGCUUCCUACAGAGUGAUGUGUGUGACGGCUGUGCUGACUCUGCUGAUUCCAGAGUCUGCGUCGCAGCUGUCUGUGUGUGGCAGAGCAUCUCGAAACACCAGGAUCGUCGGAGGAGCGGUGGCCCCUGAAGGCAGCUGGCCCUGGCAGGUCAGUCUGCACCGGUCUGGGGGCUACUUCUGUGGAGGAUCCCUCAUUAAUAAUCAGUGGGUGCUGAGCGCCGCCCACUGCUUCAAGAUGAUCACAGCAGGCCAGGUGACGGUGUACCUGGGCCGUCAGACUCAAGCAGGACCGAACCCCAACGAGGAGUCUCGGAGCGUCUCACAGAUCAUCAGUCAUCCUAAUUACAACACUGUUACAGACGACAACGACAUAGCCCUGCUCAGGCUGGCCUCAGACGUGCCCUUCACCGACUACAUUGUGCCCGUCUGCCUGGCAGCCUCAGACAGCUCCGUCCACGCGGGGGUCAGCACCUGGGUCACCGGAUGGGGUGCAUUAACAGAGGGAGGCUCUAUUUCUAAUGACCUGAUGGAGGUGCAGGUGCCGGUUGUGGGGAACAGACAGUGUAACUGUGACUAUGGAGUGGGUGAAAUCACAGACAACAUGCUGUGUGCCGGGUUCAGAGAAGGAGGAAAGGACGCCUGUCAGGGGGAUUCAGGAGGUCCACUGGUGAGCAAACAGGGUGAUGUUUGGAUUCUGCUGGGGAUCGUUAGUUUUGGAAUUGGUUGUGCCAGACCAGAAAUACCAGGAGUGUACACCCGAGUGUCCCGCUACAUGAGCUGGAUCAACAGCCAGAUCAUCACCAACCAGCCAGGCUACGUCAGCUUCACGUCCAUGGGGACCGACAGCGACAUCAAUGUCAUCUGUACAGGCCUCCCUCCUAUAACAACCACCAUCUCCCCUCCAGACUCAACAACCUCCCCAACCAUAGCCACCACCACCAAAACCCCUCCAACCAAAACUACAACGAACACCACCACCACAGCCCUUCCAGCCAAAACUACCACCUCCCCAACCAAAACCACCACCACCACAGCCAUUCCAGGCAAAACGACCACCUCCCCAACCAAAACCACCACCACCACCACAGCCCUUCCAGAGUACCACCCCCCCAACCACAACCGCCACCACCACAGCCCCUCCAACCAAGAGUACCACCUCCCCAACCAAAACCACCACCACCACCACAGCCCUUCCAGGCCAAACUACCACCUCCCCAACCAAAACCACUGCCACCACAGCCCUUUCAGCCAAAACUACCACCUCCCCAACCAAAACCACCGCCACCACAGCCCCUCCAACCAAGAGUACCACCUCCCCAACCACAACCGCCAAGACCACAGCCCCUCCAACCAAGAGCACCACCUCCCCAACCACAACCACCACCAUCUCCCCAACCACCGCCACCACCACAGCCCUUCCAACCACCACCACCGCCUCCCCAACCACAACCAGCACCACAUCCCCAACCACAACCACCACCACCACCACAGCCCUUCCAACCAAAACCACCACCACCACCACCACCACCACCACCACCACCACAGCCCUUCCAACCAAAACCACCACCACCACCACAGCCCUUCCAACCAAAACCACCACCACCACAGCCCUUCCAAACAAAAUCACCAUCUCCCCAACCACAGCCACCACCACCAACACCCCUCCAAUCAAAAGCACCACUUUCCCACCCACAACCUCCCCAACCACAACCACCAUCACCACCACAGCCCUUCCAACCACUACCACCACCACCACCACACAACCACCACCUCUCCAACCACCACCACUACGUCUCCAGCCACCACACCCACACCGGUGGUGUGUGGUCAGGCCCCGUUGAACUCCCGUAUUGUGGAGGGGAGCUCGGUGGCCUCAGCUGGCAUUUGGCCGUGGAUGGCGAGCCUGCAGAGGAACGGGUUGCAUGUGUGUGGUGGAACUCUGGUGUCCGAGGACACUGUGAUGAGCGACGCCGGAUGCUUCUCAAGCUCCUCGGUGGCGUCCGAGUGGACCGUGGUGUUGGGUCAACUGCAGCAGAGCAGCUCCAACCCUUUCGAGGUGACGCUGAACGUCAAAAACAUCACUCUGAGCAGCCUGAGUGGCUCCAACGUGGCGCUGCUGAGUCUGUCCAGCCGGCCCACCCUGUCUGACUACAUCCAGCCCAUCUGCCUGGACGACGGACGCACCUUCACCGUGGGAACCACCUGCUGGGCCGCCGGCUGGAGCUCAGGACGAGGAGGAGAUCAACAAGUUCUCCAGGAGAUCCAGACCUCAGUGGCCAGCUGUGGAGACACGUCCACCUCGGACAACAUCUGUACCUCCAGCUUCAUUCUGGAGCAGGGCGACUCCGGUGGUCCGUUGAUGUGUCCGCAGGAUGGCUCGUGGUUUCAGGCCGCUGUGUUAACCACCAAAGACAACUCAACCAGCCGAGCUCGAGCCAACACAGUGAUGGUCUUCAUCAGAAUGACGAAGUUCAGGAACUUUCUGAGAGAGAACCUGGGACGGUCCUUAUCUCCGGCCUCCACGAACAGCAGCACAACCAACACAACCAACAACAACAGCACCAGCACCUCUGUGAACGCCACAGCCACCCCGUCUCAGACCACCGCCAGCGGGGGCACCUCCAGUCCCUCCAUCUCCUUCAUUAUCUUCUUCCUCCACCUCCUGCUCUUUGCCAACAGUCUUAAAAUCUUCCCAUAG